AUGUAUAAUAAAUUGUCAGCAGCUGUCAGCAGAAACAUCAAGGCAGAUUCAAUAAAGGAACAAGAUGAAGAUGAAGUAGAAGAAGAAAUAAAUCUUGAAACCUAUUCUGUAUUAUGGUGUGAUGAAAACGUUAAUAAAACAGAUGAAAAUCGUGAAAUACAAACAGAAUUACGUCGUGCAAUUAACUAUUUGAAAACAUUUGAUUCAACUGGCCUGUGCAGGCAUUAUAUUCAGCGAAAGUCAAAUGAAGAAAUUGUUUUGAUUGUAUCGGGACGUAUUGGAUCACAAUUGGUACCAGAAAUUUAUGAUUUAUUACUUCUGGUUGCUAUAUAUGUCUACUGUUUCGACAAAGAUGAAUACUUACUAUGGUAA